AUGUUCAAGGCUCUCAUCGUCGCUCUCGCCGCCGUCGCGGUCGCCAUCCCAACCUACCCGCAGCCCAGCAACAACAACGUCAACCAGUGCGGCAACGGCGCCGAGGUCUACUGCUGCAACAAGGAGGAGAUCAACCAGUUCACUGGCCUCAUCCCCGUCAGCGCCCUGAAUAACCUCGUGGGCGGCGGGGCGUGCAACAAGUUGGACGUCAGCGCCAUCAUUGGCGUGACUGACCUGCUCAAUAACGGCUGCACCCAGCAGACUGUUUGCUGCAACGAUGUCUAUCAGAAUGGUCUUGUCAACGUCGCCUGCAGCCCCAUCAACGUGUAA